CCAUUUGCAUAAUGCAUUUCCCACUCCGCUUGCAGAAAGAAGACCACGGCACUGACCGGUCAAACAAAAAUCCUUUUGGUAAUUUUUAAAUAAAAACACAAGGCUGAAAUCAGCUUUACCUAUUACAUUUGCUUAUUUUUGCCUGCCUUCUUCUUUGUUCUCUGCAAUAGUUAUAAGUAUCAGAGAAGUUGAAGAAGGCAGUUCCCGAUAAGACAGGAGGAACUAACCCCAUUGUUGCUCUCUUCACUUUGCUUGUUGCACAUAUCAAUGAGAGAAGAAGGCAAAAAUAAUCUCAAGUGGCCAAAAAUGGUGGUUAGAAAAUGGUUGAACAUGAAAAGUGGCACAGAUAAAUUUCACUUAGAUUAUGAUACAAAAGUAUUUCGUCAGAGGAUGAGGAAGAGUUUCUCCGGGGACGGACACUGCGCCGUCGUGCCCGAAGAAUUAUCAGAGUGGUUGAUGGAAACAAACAAUGAAAAUGAACGGCCCGGAUUCGACCAGCCUGUCUCUAGUAGCCUCAAUCUCAGGAUGUUUGUGGGGACAUGGAAUGUAGCAGGCAAAACUCCACACGACCGUCUGAACCUAAGUGAGUGGUUAAAAACGAAACCAUCGUCAGCUGACAUUUAUGUACUUGGGUUCCAGGAGAUUGUACCUCUAAAUCCAGGCAAUGUGUUAGGCCCCGAAGACUGUGGGCCCGCUUCAAAAUGGAUUUCUUUAAUCCGAAAAUCGCUAAAUGGUGAAAUUAAUAGUUCGAAAAUCGAUAAAUUGAAACCACAUAAGUACUGUUUGGCAGCUAGCAAACAAAUGGUCGGGAUAUUUUUGUGCGUGUGGGUUCGUGAGGAUUUAAAUCAGUAUGUUACUAAUUUGAAGGUUUCGUGCGUUGGAACAGGCGUAAUGGGAUACCUCGGAAAUAAGGGAUCGAUAUCAGUGAGCAUGAAAUUGCAUCAAACAACAUUUUGCUUCGUGUGUACUCAUUUGGCAUCGGGAGAAAAAGAAGGAGACGAAAUCAGACGAAAUUUGGACGUGUCGGAGAUUAUAAAGAGAACGAAAUUCUCUCAUCAUUCCUCCACUCAACCUGAUAGUAUCUUGAGUCACGACAAGAUUAUAUGGCUGGGGGACUUGAAUUAUAGGCUCGCAUCCAUUAGCGACGAUACGUACAAGUUACUACAAAGGAACGACUGGCAACUACUUCUCGAGCAAGAUCAAUUAAGGAGGGAACAAAGAGCUGGACGAGUAUUCGAAGGGUGGGAAGAAGGCGAAAUAUAUUUUGCUCCAACUUAUAAAUACCUAACUAAUUCGGACUGUUACGUUGUCCAAAUGUCAUCCACUCCUAAAGAGAAACGUCGAACACCCGCUUGGUGUGACAGGAUUCUUUGGAAAGGACAAGGGAUGAAACAAAUGAGCUACACGAGAGGCGAAUCGAGGUUUUCGGACCACAGACCUGUCAGUUCACUCUUCUCUGUGCAACUCUGCAUCUAAACUUAGUUUGUCAGUCACACUUCACCGUCACAGCCUGUCGUUUUAUCGUCAUUGUUUAAUUUUGUUGUAACAGAAAUGACGUAUAAUUUGUUUUGGUUCUUGAUUUUAACCUCGUUCGCACUUAUUUUCCGAAUCGUAGAGAAUCGAGAAUCGGUAGGAUUUUUAGCAAGUAGAUAGUCUAUGUGUGUAAAAGCGUGUUUUUCUUUUAGGGAAUUUAUCGAAGGAUCACAGUUGACAAAUGUGUGCCCAUUCUGUACAGUUAAACUCAGCAUUGUAUUUAUUUAGACGCAACUAUUAUAUUAAUUAA